CUCCGCCACUCAAUGAAAGAUCGCAUGGUCGUAUUAAAAAUGUUACGACCUCUUUCUCAAGCAGUCAAAACAAUUCACUUUCAAAACGUACACGAUUCACUUGAGGAGGUGCGACAAAGGUAACGUAUCACCGUUUGAUUUGUUUUUUGGUUUGCUUGUCGUUCCGUUUUCAGGGCUCCAAAUUCGAUCCAUUUUUUUGUCUGCGAUCCUGCAUUUUCGUGUUUCCUCCGUUUCCCGGCCCAUGUACUGUCAUUUAACAUAUGAAAUGUUUUGGAAUGUCAUCAAGCUUCCUUCUUCAAAGUGGCGGGCAAAUGUAAAUGCUGAGAUCAUGUGUGUGAUAAAUAUGGACGUACUUUUGGUGAUACUGGCUCUUCAGGUUCAGCCUGCAUCUCUUUCCAACAAUGUCGAUCUCAAGAACUUCCCUAUUUUAGGUCACUUCCAGUUUUCAACCCUUAUAACUCUUAGUGCUACUACAGAAUUGGGAUAUUUUUUUCACGUACGCUAUUGGCCCACCAUCGAAUGAUUAAAGAACGUACUAUAUUUUACUUGCG